AAGCCCCGUGUCCCGUGGUGAAAACUUAAAACAGUGAAAACAUGCAACAGAUCACCGACCACCGGUGACCGGUCAGCCGCGGUCGCCACGAUUUAGGAUAAUAUUAAAUCGUUGCGGUCGCUAAUCGCUAUCACAAGUCACAGCAGUUGGCCACGUGCAGUAACCUAAACUGCUAGUGAACGCUCAGGUCACAAGACAUUAAAAUAAUAUUAUUAUUACUUAUUAUAAAUAUUUUACAGAUAACGUGCGAUUGAGAGAGGUAUUGAAUCUUGAUGAAAGUUACCUAACGUGCAACGGCAAACGCCGCAAACAUUAUUACUAUAGCAUUAGUGAAUAGUGAUUACUAAAUACUAUUUACUAUUUUACCGUCAUUACUAAUCAGUUAUAAGUAAUUAGUGCGGUUGCGGUACUGCACUUUUAAAACUAAUGUUCUGAAUUAUUUGACAUUAAUUGUUAUUUUACGUCUAUACGAACUACAAACUAAAUAUUUUCUAGACAUUAAUCGAUAAUUAAUUAUCACAGCUAAUUUCUCCACGGAGUUGGCCAACACUAUUAAUAUUUAUUGUAAUUUUUGUCCGAGUUUGAACUGGACUACUGGAAUCUUUUACAUUUUUGAAUUUUUUAUAACAUAAAUGAUUCACUGAUUUGGUCGGUACUAGCAUCUCAAUUGAUUCCACGCCCCACACGUCGUGCGCAUAAAAUGGAUGUGGUCAAUGAGAAUUUCUAUCAAUUGUUGCCAGAAAUCGAACAGGCCAUUGCUGAGUGUGAUUUCAUUGCAAUUGAUGGAGAAUUUACCGGUCUUCACAAUGGUACUAUGGUCAGCAUAUUCGAUACGGCAGCUCAGUACUACCAGAAACUGAGGAGUAAUUGCAUGGACUUUUUGAUGGUUCAAUUUGGUUUGUGUGCCGUCAAAUAUAAUACUGAAAAGAAAAAGUUUACAUACAGGGCAUAUAAUUUUUAUACAUUUCCAAAGCCCAUGAGUCGAUAUGCUCCAGAUUGCCGAUUCCUCUGUCAGUCUUCCAGCAUGGAAUUUCUAAGCAAUCACAAUUUUGACUUUAAUAAACUGUUUAAACAUGGUAUUCCUUUCCUUACUGUGCCUGAUGAACAAGUAUUGCAAAAUGAACUACUUAAUCGAUAUAAGCAAAAUUGUUUACAGGCUCAGACACCAUCAAAAGUCUCUGACUGUAUACCUAUACCAGACAAUCAUAAGGCAGAUAUAGAAACUGCUUGUGAAAAAGUAAAAGAACUUUUAGAAAGUGAAACAAUUUCUGAAGUUAUCAUAGCAGAGAAAACCAAUUCUUUUGUUCGUAAACUUAUCUAUCAGGAAGUUUAUAAAAGGUAUUCAGAUACCAAAGUAAGUUUACAGUCGAGAAUAGUAGAAGAUUUUGGUAAUGUGAUGGUAGCUUUCAAGGGAAGAACAAAAUUGUUAAUGGCGCAUGAAAGAAUGGAACGGGAACAGAUUGAACUAGAAAAAGCUGUUGGUUUUUCAGCAGUCUUGAAGAAGAUCAUAGCUUCUAAUAAACCAGUUGUUGGCCACAACAUGACAUUAGACGUUUGCCAUAUGAUUCAUCAGUUUUGUUUACCAUUGCCAUCAAGCUAUAGUGAAUUUCAAGCUAUGGUUAAAACAAUAUCAUAUCGGUUUUUGGAUACUAAGUAUAUAAGUGGUACUGAACCACUCAAAGGAUUCUUCGGUUCAACAGUACUGAAUGAUUUAAAAAAAUCACUAGCAGAACAGUGUCAAAAUUAUACAGACUUAGAACCAGAGGUUUCUGAAGUUGGUUACUCUGAGGAAAUAUCGAAGUUGCAUGAUGCUGGUUAUGAUGCAUAUUUGACCAGUACUGUUUUUGUCAAUCUUUGCAAUUUAUAUGCUAAAGUGAAAGGCAUCAAAGAACACAUUUCUACAGAUUCAUCACAUCUUAAGCAAUAUGAGAAUAAGCUCUUUAUGAUUCGCUAUAAUGAAGAUCCAUGUUUAAACUUAAAUGGUCCUGAACCUCAACUUCAAAGGAGCCAUGUUUAUCAUAUUACGUUCCCCCCAGAAUGGAAAACUAUUGAUAUCACAAACAUAUUUAGUCCCUUUACUAAUGUAUAUAUUAAGUAUAUAAAUGAUACAUCUGCUUGGGUGGCAUUGAGAGAUGGAUCUCAAGCUAAAGCAAUGAAUAAAAUUUUGCCAAAAUUACAAGCGCUUCAUAAAAACAUUGUGUUGUUACCUUGGUCCGUUUACUACAAAGAUACAUUUACUUCUAAUGCACCAACGGCAACAAAGAGAAAGAUUAGCAAUUGUUCGUCAUCGCCUCCUAAAGACAAUGUUGAUUCAUCAAUUGCUGAAGAUUCAUCUGAUGAUAGUCAUACACCAGAAAAAGUACCACGUAUUUCAAGAGGACGAAGAGUUUCGAAAGGAGGAACUAUUAGUCCGAUAUUAGAAGGAGAUGAAUCUACUGAAUUAGAUGCUGACUCUUCAGUUGUAUCAAACAUCACUGAUGUAGAUUCAAAAAAUAAUAGUGUUGGUACUCCAAGUUACGCACAAACCUUAAAGACGAAAAAAGAUGCAGACACGGCAGAAAUAAAAACUAUUUUCCCAGUUGCGUCGUGGGAUUAGCAAUACAUAAUUAUUAUUAUAAUGCAAUUUAUCUGUAAAUAUAUGUUGGUUAAGCUCACCGUAGAUUGCACUAAAACACGGGAAGAACCAGUUAAAUGCGCCAAUUGUGACGGUAACCACACUGCCAACUACAAAGGUUGUCAAAUUUUUAAAAAUUUAUUAAAGCGCACCAUUUACAAGGUCGCUUACAAAGAUGACAAAGUUGAAAAACUGAAAAAACACCCCAGCCCACCAUCUGCUGUACCUGUUGCACCACAAAUCUUCAUCGUCCCCAGUUACAACUCAAAUCAAAAACCGACAUCUUAUGCCAAAGCCACAGCCAACCCUUCAUCAGUCAAUCAACCUCUCCACAUCAUCAACAAAUUUAUAGAAGAUUUAAAAUGUAUUUUAAACCCUCUUUUAUUGGCUCUUACUUCCCUAAUUAACAAAAUUUCACUUCCCAUUUCGUCCACUCCAUGACAUCCUUUCACACCAAGUUAGAGGGUAUCCACACUGGUGGGCCUCCCUCCUCACGUUAUUCAUAUUUUAUUUAUCAUAGCCCAUACUCUUAUUGUGCCUUAUUGUGUAC